AUGUCGCCCACGAUACCAUUCACGCCCGAUCUUCCCACGACGCUAUCCCUCGCUGCCGCCCUCUCCUUGCUCCCUCUCUCCCUGAUCCUCUCCUUCGUCCUCAUCCCCUCCCACAGCCCGAAAUACCGCGUUAUCUUCUUCUGGCACGCGUACGAUGCGCUCACGCACUUCCUGAUCGAAGGCUCGUUUCUCUACCACUGCUUCUUUAGCUACACGACGCUGCCCUCGCACGCGUACGCGGUCGCGCGCGCCAAGCCCUAUUUCCUGAACCACGGAGACAGGCUGUACGGGCCGGCGUACGGCGCAGGGCCUACGGCUAGAAUGUGGCAGGAGUACGGCAAGGCGGAUGCGCGAUGGCUGGGCUCAGACCUGGGUGUGAUAUCGUUGGAGCUCUUGACCGUGCUUCUUGGGGGCCCUGCUGCGCUGUACAUCUGCUACCUGGCCUACAAGGCCACGUCCUCGGCGGUCGCGGCAAAAGCGGGGAUGUACAAGGGAAGAUUGUGGUUUGUGGCUAUUGGGCUGGCUGUUGCUGAGCUAUAUGGUGGAUUUAUGACUUUUGCGCCGGAAUGGCUUUCGGGAAACACGGCGCUGGAGACGAGCGAUCCUGUUUACUUGUGGUUAUACCUGGUGUUUUUUAAUAUGCUAUGGGUAUUUGUGCCGAUUUGGGUUCUGUGGGCUGGCUGGAGCGAGAUUCGCGGGGCGUUUGUCGGAGCUGCUUCAUCCUUGAAUGGGAAGAAGAGACAGUGA